AUGACCCCCCUACUCAAGCUAUCCACUCUCCUAACCCUCAUCCUCCCCGUAACCGCAAUCAAGAACCCGAUCCUCCCUGGCUGGAACCCCGAUCCCUCCAUCCUCCGUCUCAACAACGAAUACUACCUCACAACAUCCUCCUUCGAGUACUUCCCGGGCCUCCCCAUCUACAAAUCCACAGACCUAGCCAACUGGACCCUGCACUCCUACGCGCUAACAAGGCCAUCCCAACUAGCCCUUUACGGGACCCCAACAGGCGGCGGAACCUGGGCCCCAACCCUAUCUCACAUAAACAACACCUUCUACAUAGCCAGCAUGACGCGCUGGACCUACGACCCGGUUGCAAAAGUCUGGCCGCGCAUCACAUGGAUCUCAUCCCCCGAUCUAGAAACCUGGAGUGACCCCAUCUGGGCCGAGCCAUGGGGCAUCGACCCGUCUCUGUUCCAGGAUCCUGUCUCCGGUGACGUCUAUCUGAACCUCAUGGCGCCCGAUAGCAAGGAAACCGGGAUCUGGGGUAUUUAUCAAUGCCAAGUUGAUCUUCGGACGGGGGAAUGUAUAGAUGAGUACCGGUCCCUGUGGAACGGGACCAUGUCGCAUACUGCUAGUGCCAGGCCGGAGGGGCCGAAGAUGUUUAUGAGGGGGAGUUGGUAUUAUUUGCUUAUUGCUGAGGGUAUUGUCUUCUUUCCGUCUGCUGUGUACCUUUCUACCCUCUUCAUUGAGUUCGGUUUGGAGGAGGGCGGAACAGACGAUCUCCACCGCGCGAGUAUCGCACGAUCACGAUCGCCAGGGGGUCCAUGGAUACCGAACCCGGCUAACCCGCUUCUGUUUAACGGAGCGUAUGGAUUUGAUAACCUAACCGUGCAGUCGACGGGACAUGCUACUAUCUUCGAUACCGCCGGUGGGGACUCGUAUGCCGUUUAUAUUGCCCGGAGGAAGGUUAACGGGUCGUCGCCGUUAGGGCGGGAGACUUUCCUCUCUCCUGUGACCUGGAAGGACGGGUGGCCUGUCAUCAACGACGGCAGACCAGUUCUCCUGAGUGAAUCCUUCGGUGAUGUGCCUGACCAAAGAAGCCCGGAGACCUGGGUUGACCGAUUCGAAGGAUCUGCGCUUGGGAAUGGGUGGUACCAGCUUCGGACACCGUACACGGAGAAUGUUGUGCUUAGGGAGAAAGGGAGGGGUGUAGUCUUCCGACCGAAUGUGUACUCCCUCAGCGAGAGGGAUGUUCCGGCGGCGAUUCUGCGGAAGCAGACGUCGUUGAAUAUGACGGUUAGCGCGGAGUUGCUUCCUAUCAUGUCUGACCUGCGGCCGGGCGAGACGGUGGGGAUAAGUGUUUAUUUGAGUGAGUUUCAGCAUCAGGAUCUUGGGGUUCGGGGGUGUGCACAUGGGACUGGUAUGUGUGUUUACACGCAGCUUUUGAAGAACGGGACGGUUGAGUAUAAGGAGGUGGAGCUCGAUGCUUCGAGGAUGGAUUGUGUUGUGCUGCAUAUUCGAGCUGAGCCGCUGUGUUAUCAUUUUGGGCUCAGUGUGGGCGACUCACGGGUGCGCUGGCUGGCGUCGAUUGAGUCGAAGUGGUUGGCUUUUGCGCCUCCGGGCUGGUUUGUCUUUGAAGGGGCCAGUUUUGCCCUUUUUGCUAGUGGGAAUGGGAGACCGUGGUCUGUUGGGGCACCUGAGGUUGGGUUCAGAAGUGUUACUGAGAGGUACUUCGAGGAGAUUAUUCCGGAUUACGAUAGGUGGGAGUAG